AUGGCGUCUCGACGUACUCAACGUCUGGUCUCAUUUCUCGCACUUCUCACCUCGCUCGCGUUUGCCCAAUCUUAUCCUGACACGAACGUGGUGAUCGUUUCUAACAAUGAUCUUAAUCCGUCCAAUGAAAAUCGGGCUAGUGCGCUGUACUUGAAGAGUAGCUUUUCCUGUUUGGAGGCGUAUGAAGCCUGCGCUCAGCUUCAGGAGACUCUUCUUCCGGCACCGGGCAGCACAGGUCUUACAGCAGCUAACCUGUCUGUAGCUCUCACCUCAGACAAGCAUGGUGCAGCUCUGGACAUGUCUCAGCAGUUAUGGAUUGCUGGAAGUACUUUCGGUUCAUGUACUGCUUUCACCCCGAGCUACCAAUAUUCGCAAGCGGCUUUCGAGCCGGACUCUUCAGUAAAUCCUGCUGAGCGUCUCCCUGUGCUCUGCACCAACUCCGCACCCCUCACUCGAUCCAACGUCACGUCGUACGAUACGAGUCGUCAAAUUCAACUUUCCACUCCUUCUGCAGGUGUGCUCACUGGGUUUCGUGACAAGUUCAGUUUCCGAUUCCUGGGGAUACAAUAUGCCGAAUCUACCACGGACGCGGCUAGAUUCCAACCUCCUACCGCAGUGGAGGUAUCUCCAGGUACUCCGACGUCGGCUCUGGCAUACGGCUCAAUGUGUGCUCAGCCUCCUGAUGCAGAUAACGGACAUCUGUUGCAUACAGAUGAGGAUUGCAUGUAUUUGAAUGUAUUCUCUCCUGUUGUCAACUCUGCCACAGUAAGCGAUGAGAGCGCGCCGAAGUUGCCGGUGAUGUUCUUUAUUCAUGGAGGAGGCUUGAAUACUGGCGACAGCGGCCCAUUCCCCUACAACAUGACCACAAGUGGUUUUGUCGGAAAUUCCAUCUCAAACAUCUAUGAUGGUACCAAUCUGGUCUCUUACGGCGGAGUUGUUCUUGUCACGAUAAACUAUCGUUUGACGGCGUUUGGUUGGUUCAAUGCGUCCAAUGCUGCUCUAAAGGACGCAUUGCUCGCUUUGCAUUGGGUCCAGGAUAACAUAGAGGCUUUCGGAGGUGAUCCAACCAAAGUCCUCAUUUUCGGCGAGUCAGCAGGAGGGACAAUGACAAGAUACUUACUCGGCACUAAUCCUAAAUACACAGACGGUCUCUUCAGCGCUGCCGUGCUGGAAUCCGACUUUGGGAUCAACGACAUAUUUCUCUCUCCAGAAUUGGCCUUGAAUAACUCACUUACACUUGCGAAGUACCUCGGUUGUGCCGAAAAUUCCUCCACCACAUUUACCGACUCGAUGGCCUACUGUGUUCAGGGCCUCUCGGCUGGAGACAUUGCAAUGGCAUCAUACAACCUGGGGAUCUCAUGGAACAUCGCUAUUGACGGCGAUUAUGUCCUCAACGACAUUGCUUCCAGCAUCAAAGAUGGUUUGUAUGCUCGAGUUCCAACAAUAUGGUCGAGCAACGAGUGCGAAUAUUGCUAUUUCCUACCAACUACGAUUCUGCCCAACUCCUCGGCUUCUAUCUUCCCUGAAAGCCUACCCCUAUUCUUCAAUACUACGCAGGCGGACCGGAUUCUCAACGUAACGGACCUGUAUCCGUACGAGACUGCGCCAUCCGAAGACGGGAUCUCGGGUGCUGUGCUCACGUUGGCUCAGCUGAUCACCGAUUAUGACGUCCACUGCCCCAUGGUCUACCUCUCGUCGCUCGAGACCAACACCACCAACCCCGGUAAUUCCUACAAGGUUGUCUUCGCUGUGGGCCUCGGCUCGCCGCUCACUCCCAAUCCCGCGACGUGCCCGGGCCAGGUCUGUCACGCUGACGAACUCUACUGGGUCUUCGCGACAGCAGAAACAGACAAUCUGUACCAGCCGCUGACGGAGGGCCAGGUUAUCACAACACGCGAGGUCAUCAACCGUUGGACAUCACUUGCGUGGGAUGGAAAUCCGAACUAUGAAGGUGCGGUGGUGGAAUGGCCGCCGUACACAGGUGACAACGAGAUGGUCAUCAAUGCGACGGCGGCCGAGUCUCUCCAGCCAUACCGAGUAGCACAGUGCGACUUCAUCCAGAGCCAGAUAGGUUUGGUCUUUGGGGAGGAGUGA